UAAGAGCUUAAACGAGCAAAGUCAAAAAUGUCAAAAAGAGAAAUCAUAUUAUUUUCUGUUCUGCUUUUUGAUGACUUUUAUUUUGAAUCGUCUUUAUCACAUCCGCUAGCCAUUUGGAUUGUUUUCUGCUCGCGCUCGUGGUGAGAUGAAAUGAGUCCAUGCUGUGGGCUAUUGCGUUUAAGUGUUGGGUGAUUGGCUCAUGAUUUAUAUGAAAUGCAUUAAAACAGUUUUAACGUUUAAUCGAUUAAUUUAAUUCGAUGUAAACUGUAUUGUCACGUGAGCACGCGCAAAGUAACGUAGCAGUGGCUCGGUUCAUCCGGUCUGCUAACGUUAGCUGCUGUUGCACACAGAGCACUAACGUUCACUAGUAACUGUUGAGGAAUGGGAAAAAACCGCAAACGAAAGGGACAACCUCAACCUCCAGGAACUGGACCACCACCUGGGAUGCGUCCCACAGGACCAGGCCCCCGUCCACCCAGACCUCCUCCUCCACGCGGCGGGUUUCGCCCGAUGGGCCCACCCGGACCGAGGUUCCCCGGACCCCAUUCCGAUUUCGGACCGCGACCACCCAGAAUGAUGAUGAUGGAUCCCAUGGAAGGAGAUGUGCGGUUUAUGGGGAAUGAGCCUUUCCACCCAAUGGGUUUUCCCGAUAGAGGUGAAUUCAGACCGCCUUUCGAUGGUCCCGGUGAUCCACGCUUUCAUCCAGAGUUUAGGAACAGACCACCAGGUCCGCGGUUUUUUCACCCGGAGUUUGAGUGUGGACCUCCGGAGUUCGAUGACAGACCUCAAUGCUUCGGCCCGCCUGAUUUUUACGACAGAGGUCCAGAUUUCUGUCCUCCGGACUUUCGGGGAGGACCUCCAAACUUUCACCCCUCUGAGUUUGACGAUGGACCAGGUUUCCAAAGGAUCCCUGGAUUCGACCAGAUGGAGCAUCACGGUCCAAUAGAUCCGCAUUUUGUGCCACCAAUGGAUCCAUAUGGGAAUCAUGCUUUUGGAGCCAGAGGAGGGUUUGCUGGACCACCACCUGAUUUCCAGGGCCCUGCACAAACACUACCUGAGAACCAACCUCCUCCUCCUCCUCCUCCUCCUGGAACUGCCGGUCCAACCCAACCUCAGAAGAAAAAGGAUCAGUCGGCAACAAAAGAGACUGAAGCUUCUAAAUUGUUGGCAGCAAAAAUAGCAGCAUUUAAGAAUAUGUCUGCAAGCACUCCUCGUGGACGUUCACUGGGAGUUAUUUCUUUCAUUGGGAAUAACUGUGGUUUCAUUGAGCGGGAGGAUUUGAAGAAAUUUUCUUUUGUUUUCGAUGCCUUUAUUGGAAAUCGAACUCUCUUGGUGCCUGGGGUUAAAGUGCAUUUCACAGUAGUGAGAAACUUGGGCAAAGACUGUGCAGUUGACGUGAAAGUGGCACCUGGAGGAACUGAUGACAUUGACAGUACGGUGUAUGAAGGCGUCGUUAUCACCUCGCUUUAUGAUGAAGGUGCCAAGGAGACUAAUCUGGGAUGCAUCAGGACUAUCAUCUCAACAGAUCCCAUUAAACUGCCCUACAGUAAAGCGGACACCAAUUUAACCCUGCUGCUGUAUGAUCGCGUGGAGUUCCAGUUGCUGACCAAUGUUAUCACCAAGGAGCAAAGAGCCACAAACAUCAAACCAAAAAUACCAGACACUUUUCAGCUCACCAAAGAAGUCAGGGAGAUGGGUGUGAUCAUGAGCAAGACUGAUGGAAACCUGACCAUCAUGACAGAGAAACACGAUAACCUGGCAGCCUCUGCUGCUGACAGUUUAACAGAUGAGGAGCUGAAUGUCAUGGAUGAAGUGGAGCUCACUGUUUUUAUUGUGGAUGACACAAAGAAGGCUAUCCGGCUCAAAAAGCUUCCUGAUGGCUCUGUGACCUUCAAUCAGCAAGCAAAAGGGAAUGACAAGUGGAAGCCUGUGACCACCGAGGCAAACUGCAACAUAAGUAGUGAGAAAUAUGAGGGAACGGUCAUCAGAAUCGCCUCAAAGGAAAGCUCAACUCUAGAUAAAGAGAUGGACUGUCAAUUGCCCACUUUGGGUCUUCUGGUCACUACAUUAGAAGAAGGCACGGAGAAAAGGUUAUCUUUUAAGUUGGGAGAUGUGAUGUCGAAAGCCACGAUGAUGAACGGAGACAAGGUCCAGUUCAACAUUUGCUCCAACAGUGUAACCAAUGAGGAGUGCGCCGUCAAUGUGGAGAUCCUGCCGGAAACCUUUCUGUCAGACACAGAGGAGCAACGAAAGAUAGGACUUGUUAUCAAGCUGGAUGAUAAAUGUGGGUACAUCAAGACACAACAGGAACCACAGCUAUUAUUUGACUUAUGUGAGGUAAUGGAGGAUGCCAAACUCGCUUUGUCUGAAAAGGUUGAAUUUACUCUAGUACCGAACGAAGAAGUUGAAGGUGGAAAACAAGCUGUCAGAAUAAGAAGGCUAAAUGAGAGCGUCUUCACAUCUGCACCAAAAUUAGAGGCCUUUGGGGUGAAGGAGAAGAAGAAAAUGACCAUCAAAUUGCUGAAGGAUCCAAAAGACAUCAAGCAAGAGGCCAAAACGGAAGAAAAAGACAGUGACUCAAUGAAUGUACACAGGCCAAACAAGGCAUCAUCUGUAAAUGAUCUGAAGAAGGAAAGUGUUGUUAAACAAGAAAACGCUAAGGGUGAUAGAGCGCGGAGCAGAAGCAGGGAAAGUAGUCGACGUAGGUAUAGUCGUAGUAGGAGCAGAAGCAGAGAGCGUGGCCGACGCAGAUACAGCCGAAGCAGAAGCAGGAGUCAAGACAGAAGCAGGAGCCAUCACAAGAAGUACAGAAGUUCCAGUCGUGAAAGGAAGGACGGCCGAUACAGGUCCAAACGCAGUCGGAGCAGAGAUCGCUCGGAGAGAUCCCGUCGGAGUAACAGUCGCAGCAGAAGCAGAGAAAGGAGCAGCCAAAAAUCCAGAAAGAGAAGCCGCAGCCCCGUUGACCAAUAUGGUCGCAGCAUUAAACUAAACCCUUCUAAGGAAUCAGACAGCAAAAAGAAAGUUAAAAGCCCUGAUGGUGAUGUAGAUGAUGAGUUGUUGAGAAAAAAGAGAGAGCUGAUGGAGCUCAAUGAGCUGAUUGCUCGUAAAAAAGCUAUCGUUGCUUUGGAGCAAAGUGCCAAAAAAAUUGAACCUGAGGGAGAAAGUGGAGUUACGACAUUUGAUUAUGAACAUAUGCAUCGGGAGAAUGUGUGGACGCCUGACCUAAAACCAGUGAAAUCUAUUUUGAAGAAGCAGUCUGAACCUUCCAUUGAUCCCAUACCUCAGGCUUCUGCAAGCAAGGAAGCUCCUGCUCCUGUUAAGAGUGAGAAUCAAGAAAUGCAAAUUGGAUACCAUCAACAAACUAGUGCUUAUAGCUCAAUUAUACCUGGCUUGUCUCUAUUUGAAACCAACUCUGAACUAUUUGAAACCAACUCGGCGAAAUCUGAGAAGAUAUAUUUACCUCUGAUUGAGAAUGAAGAAUUGAUUAGGAAGAAGAUGCAAUUGGAUGAACUCAGUGAGACCUUAGCACGUAAAAGAGCAAUCAUGGCCAUGAAACAGAAAGUCAAAGUUCUGCAAGACUUGGAACCUGAAAUGGAAACAGAGUAUGAUGUGGACUCAGACAACGAUGAUCAACUUGUAUUGUCUAAAGGAAACCUAUGGAGCUCUAAAGUAAAACCCGAUAUUCAGCCCAAAAAGUCCAUCUUGAAGAGGCAGUCAGAAGUUCUCAGCUCUCAGAGUGACCCAACCUCAGUUGAUGAAUAUGAUCAGCCAUCUCCGGAUGAUUCUCCAUUUACAAUACCAUCCCCUCAGGCAAAAGCAGCAGCAUUGUUUAACCGGCCUUUAAAUCCGCAGCCUAUUCAAUCAGUUUCUUUAGGCUUUUUCAAUCGAAUGAAGCAGGAAACUCCAGCAGCCCCUCGAGUGACUGAAACGCCCACUUUUAACAAACUAGUCAUGCCACAGUUACUCAUGCAAGCAGCCAGCUCAAAAUCUUUACUCAGCCAGAAGCCUUCCACCGUUUCCAAAGCUCACGAUGACCAACCUGGAGUAUCAUCUCGGCAGCCUCAAAACCCUCCCCAAAGCAGUAUCCCUUCAACAAGCCAGAGUUCUUCAUCAGAUAAAAAGUGCAAUCUUACCACUCAAAUGGAGCGCUUCCUUAGUGCUCUCAACAAGGCCGACACUAGUGUUGUUAACUCGUUGUUUCAGGAGGCUAGAAAGGACCAAGCUCUAAUGAACACCAAGAAACCUGCUCCAAUGCAAGCCGAGAGAAGAAUUCCCUUAAUUGAUGAGAUAUAUGAUCCUUUUAAGGAAGACGAAGACAAUGAUCAGCCUUCUCUUUUGGGAAAACAUUCUGGCCCAGAACGAGUUGCAAAGGACUCCAACAGAGAUGACCUCUUGCCUCAUGAAAGAGCCGUUCAGGAUGGUAGUGGCUUUUCUCGACUUGUUGGAAUGAAGUAUAGUGUAGACCCUACUUCAAAAGCUGAGAAGAACCCAUACGAGCAUCAAAUGCUUUCUGAAAAUUGGAGCAUGUUUAAAGAAGAUCCCAAUCUGUACCCCGAGCAAUGGAAGCAGUACGAAAAGGAUGCCAAUCUGUUUGCAACAGAACAAAAACAAUACCCCGAAGAACAUAGUCAGCCUGUAGAGUACGAGGAUGUCAGACAAGAUGUCCAGCACUCCUACGGAGAGGAAAGAAGGAUGCCUGGUGCGUUUAGCAAAACCUUAGCCCGUCAGGAGUCCGAGGAAAGCACUGAAGAAAAAGACCGAAAGUUAGAGAACUUUGAAAAGCUUCAGAGUCUUCUUCAAACCAUAGGGCUUAACCUAGACACUUCAGAGGUUAGCAAGUUAGCUGACAGGACGCAAGAGCGAUUGUAUGGUAAGAUGAAAAAACCUCUUAGCACCGCAUCUCACUCCUUUGAGCACAAAAGGGAGCGAUCGAUGAGCCGAUCAGAGCAGAGAGGCAGUAGCAGUAGGGCAGAUUCAUCAGACUCUGAGAGCUUCAGGUCUGUUUCGCCAGCUCAGUCGUCAUCUCGAAAGGUGUACAUGAGCUAUAAAGAGCUCAAAUCCGAAAACCAGGACGAAGUUGGAGAGGUAGACCUAACUAGUAUUAAGAGAACCAUAAUAAAUGUAAAACUGACAGAAGACAAACAGGAUUCACACAGUACUUCAUCUGAGCAAAAGGCGGCUACUGAAGGUUCAUUCCAGCCAGGGACCGCUCAGCAGGACUAUUCCCAGUAUACCCAGAAUUACGGCACGUCAGCUCCGCAGUAUUCACAAUAUCAAAGCAGUAGUCAGCAUGCUUGGGGUGCGUACCCUUACGGCACAGCACCUUCAUCCUCUCAAGUAGGUUAUACUAGUGGUCAACAAGCAAUGGCACCACAUAUGACGGCUGCUUAUAAUCCAUACGGUUCAUACAAUGCAUCAAUGUCCAAUCCAUAUUAUAUGCAUCCAACCUAUAUGCCACAUUCCUAUGGUCAGUUAUCCACCCCUAUCCCUCAACAACAAUCUGCAAGUAAUGUUUCCUAUGCUAAGCCAGUGGUUGUUAAAAACACAGCUGACAAAAUAAAGCCCCCUGUUAGAUGCCUCACAACCAUAGAAACUAAACAAAUUAAAAUGGAUAGUACACUUAUUAGCAUACAAACUGUAGAGGACACUGAAGCGAAAUCUUCAACCGAGGACGCCAAGGAUAAACAAGUCCCAGCCAUAACAGAAGACGACAUCAAGGCUAAGCAGAAGAAAAGGCUCGAACAGUUUAACCAGAGAAUGAAGCUGAAGAAAGAGAAGCAAAUGGAAGCCCAGCGAUCGCGUGGACAAAACCAAAAUUCAGCUCCAGGUAAAGGUGCCCCCGUUGAUAUAAAGAAUGUGUGGAUAUGUGGCCACUCUCUUGUGUUUUGGGCUGAGAAGAGGGCUACGUCCGCUGAGUUUGGGAUGCAGCUGGGCAUGCGCUCAGACUUCGCACGGGUCUGGUGGAAGGGCAUGCAGGGCAUGACGUGGAAACAGCUCGUCCCACUGCUACACCAGCUCAAAGACAACUGGCCCAAACCCGAUGUGCUUAUAAUCCACUUGGGUGGAAAUGACAUUAGCACAACCGCUCCAGAAGACUUCAUCCAGACUGUGAAGAAUGAUAUGACCUCGCUGAAGAGCAUAUUUCCCGGGUGCCUGCUGGUGUGGUCCAGCAUCCUCUCUCGACGGUCCUGGAGGGGUACGGUAGAUGGCAAAGAAAUGGACAUCAUCCGAUUGGCUAUUAAUGACAGCAUACAAACAGUUAUGUUGGAACUCGGUGGCUCCACUGUGAGCCAUAACAACAUAACAAGCGGUUUGGGAAUCUAUAGGCCAGAUGGGGUUCACCUGUCUGGGAAAGGUAUUGAUGUCUUCAAUCAGAACUUGCAGGCUUUUCUGGAGAAAUGGGAGCAAGAAACUAGUAAAACGGAGGAGCCAUCAGAUUGAGUUUUUUUUUUGUAGUCUUUAUUUGUUUUGAUCAGCUGAUGCAGCUGAGGAUUUCAUGGCAGCAGAGUGGUGUUUCAUUAUUGUAUGCAUUGUUUUUUUUUUCUAACUUCAAAUUGAUUGUUGUACAACCUAUGUAGAAUUAAAACCGAAUCGUUUUUUUUUUCUAUAUGUGCAUAUUACAAAUGUAUUUUGCGAGUAUCUGUUCAAUUUUACUUGUUUUGUUUUAUACAUUUCAAUUAAUGAUAAAUAAAUUGAUUAUAAUGAAAAUUCAUUGCCUUUCAAUAGAAAAUCAA